UUCAAAUUAUUUGUUAUUAUUUGUUCCUGCGUCAUUAGGUUAUCAAAAUGACACCCAAAAUAAAAAAAAAGUCCAAGACAACACCCACUACAAAACCUAAACGAUUCAUGUAUUCCCCAUCAAAAGUGCAACUAGCAUUAAAGGCUGUACAUGAUGGAAUGAGUGAGAACAAAGCUAGUCAGACGUUUAAUGUUCCUAGAACCACCUUAAGAAAUAAGUUAUCUGGAAAAUCACCUGAAGAAUCAACUGGUCAUAGUGGAGUUACAUCGGUAUUAGGUAAAGAAACAGAACAAAUGUUGGUUAAAUGGCUCUUAUCGUGUAGUCGAAUGGGAUUUCCAGUAGGUCGUGAGGGUUUGUUAAGUUCUGUUAAAAAACUUGUUGAUGAAACAAACUUAGACACACCAUUUUCAAAUAAUCGUCCAGGGAAAAAAUGGUUCUACAGUUUUUUAUCUAGACAUAAAAUUUUAUCACAGAAACAUUCUGAAUAUGUAAAUCGUGCCAGAGGAUCAGUAACUGAAAAUAAAAUUAGGAACUGGUUCAAAGAAGUUUAUGAGGUACUGGGUGAAAAUGCUUCUAUACUAGAAGAUCCCAGCAGAGUCUUUAAUAUGGAUGAGACUUGUUUUAACUUGGCCCCAAAGGGUGAAUUAAUUAUUGGAGAGAGAGGUAGAAAUGUGUAUGAUGAACAUACAAACUCUGAUAAAGAAAAUGUGACUACACUUUUUGGUACAAAUGCCUUAGGAAAAUGGGCACCUCCUCUCACAAUAUUCAAGUAUGAAAGGAUUCCAGCAACCCUAGUUAAAUCUGCACCAUCUGGUUGGGGAAUCGGAAAAUCUGAGACAGGGUGGAUGACCUCAGAAACAUUUUUUGAAUAUAUGGCUAAUAUAUUCUUACCAUUCAUAAACGAAUCAAAUAUUAUUCGACCAGUAAUUGUAUUUAUGGAUGGUCACAAGUCACACCUAAGUUUAUACUUGAGUAAAUUUUGUCGUGAAAACGAUUUGAUAUUAGUUGCAUUAUAUCCUAACUCAACACACAUAUUGCAACCACUUGAUGUUGCUGUAUUUGGUCCCCUCAAAUCAAGAUGGAAAAAAAUAGUGAAGCAGUGGCGUGUUGACAAUGAAAAGGAGGUAUCUAAAUUUGAUGUACCAACGGCUCUAUCACAAAUUAUAUAUGAUAAAGAAAUGGCUAGUAAUAUCAAGUCAGGAUUUCGUGCAACUGGCAUAUAUCCUUACAACGCAGAUAAUGUGGAUUAUUCUAAAAUUAUUAUAAGAACUGUACCGGAGCAUGACACUUUAAUUAAUGCCGACAAUAUUAAGUGUCACCUACAGUUUGUAGAAUCCAAAAUUAAAAAAAUUGAUGUUAACCUAUUAGAUGAAUUUAAGAGAACUAAAAGAGGACACUAUGAAUGGGAUGGGAAUGAAAACGCAACAAUGUUGUUUACAUUGUGGUCACAAAUCAUGGAUGAUGUAAACAACCCAGAGAAUGAGAUUACCGCAGAUAUAACAACACCAACAACAUCAAAUCUAAAUCCAGAAAUGUGGUUGAAUAUUCCCUCAAGUAGUCAUGCAGAAGACACAGAAUAUUCAACAGGAGAAAACCCAAUCAUCCCUGGAGAGAAUACGACUCCAGAGUCUAUAGUUAUAGUUCCAACCAAACGAACUUUAACUACUGUUUUUAAUGAUAUUAUAAAGUGGCCAGUACAACCCUUAUCUAAAACAACCAGAAAAAAAGAAUAUACACCUAGUGUAAUAACGUCAGACAAGUGGGUUGAAUUUCAUGAAAUUAAAUUGAAUGAAAAAGAAGAAAAAGAAAGAAGAAAAGAAGAAAAAAAAUUAGCAGCAUUUGAAAAAAAAAAAGAGUUAGAGAGAAAGAAAAUAGAAAGGGCACAAAUUAAAGCUAAUAAAAAUAUCAAACAGAAAAUCGUUACUGAUACUGAAAGCUCUGAAUCAGAAAAAAGUUGGAAUUCAAAAAUGGAUGUUAGUUUCGAAGAACCUUUAGCUCAGCCUUUAAGUUUAGAUCAGAUUCUACCAGUUUCAAGUGAUCAACCAGAUUUAAAUACUGGUGAUUAUAUUUUAAUAGAAUUUGAAUCAAUAGGAAAAAGGAAACUGAAAUACAAAUAUGUUGCCACAGUAGUUAGUAUAGUUAGCAAAAGUGAAUAUGAAGUCCAAUGUUUUGAAGCAAACAAUGAGGAAAACACUGAGUUUGUACCUAUUGAAAAUGAUGUAUCAAUAGUUGACUUAACCAACAUAUUGUACAAAUUACCAUCUCCAGAACUUCGUCUUCAAAAUAGACACCUUAUUUCAGUGUUUCCAGGUGUAGUUGAUGUUUUUGAAAAAAGUAGAUAUUAAGACUGAAUAUGUAUUCCUACAGCCUAACCAAAAGUCAACAAAUGUGAUUUACUUAUUACCUAUUUAAUUAUUACCAGAAAGUUAUUUACUUUAAUUUUUAU